GGCGCGGCGCACGAGCGUGUCACGAAGACAACUUGACCGUCUGUGCGCCAGACAGAACUGGAGAAGGUCAUCAUUUUUGAGCUUGGUGACUUUCGCUAUAACGUGAAAGAGAUGGUCCUGUCUUCGGGACUUACAUAACGUUUAAAGGGUGACACAGUGAACAUGGCCCCAAAUUCCAUCCACUGGUUCCGAAAGGGCCUCCGUCUCCACGACAAUCCUGCACUUCAGGAGGCAGUGCAUGGGGCAGACACUGUUCGAUGUGUCUACUUCCUCGAUCCCUGGUUCGCUGGGUCAUCCAACCUUGGGGUCAACAGGUGGAGAUUUCUCCUGCAGUGCCUGGAUGAUCUUGAUUCCAAUCUACGAAAACUCAAUUCCCGCCUUUUUGUCAUCCGAGGACAACCAGCCAAUGUUUUUCCACGCCUUUUCAAGGAGUGGAAUAUAUCCAGGUUGACCUUUGAGUAUGACUCUGAACCAUUUGGGAAGGAGAGGGAUGCAGCUAUUAAGAAGCUUGCUAUGGAGGCUGGGGUUGAAGUCAUCGUCAAGACUUCACACACCCUUUAUAACCUUGAUAAGAUCAUUGAACUGAAUGUUGGUCAGCCUCCCCUCACCUACAAACGUUUCCAGACUCUAAUCAGCCGAAUGGACCCACCAGAGAUGCCAGUGGAAACCCUCUCCAAUACCAUCAUGGGCUGCUGUGUCACACCUGUCUCUGAAGACCAUGGGGACAAAUAUGGUGUGCCCUCCCUGGAGGAACUAGGAUUUGACAUUGAGGGACUGCCUUCUGCUGUCUGGCCAGGUGGUGAAACUGAGGCAUUAACGAGGAUUGAGAGGCAUCUGGAAAGAAAGGCUUGGGUUGCAAAUUUUGAAAGACCCAGAAUGAAUGCCAACUCUUUGCUGGCCAGUCCGACUGGCCUGAGUCCCUACCUCCGUUUUGGCUGCCUCUCCUGCCGCCUCUUCUAUUUCAAACUCACAGACCUCUACAGGAAGGUAAAGAAAACCAGCACUCCUCCUCUCUCUCUCUACGGUCAGCUGCUGUGGAGGGAGUUUUUCUACACUGCUGCUACCAACAACCCAUGCUUUGACAAGAUGGAAGGCAACCCAAUCUGUGUGCGUAUCCCCUGGGACAAGAACCCAGAGGCCUUGGCCAAGUGGGCUGAAGCCAAGACUGGUUUCCCCUGGAUUGAUGCCAUAAUGACCCAGCUGAGGCAGGAGGGCUGGAUCCACCACCUGGCCCGUCACGCUGUGGCUUGUUUCCUCACUCGAGGAGACCUGUGGAUCAGCUGGGAAGAGGGCAUGAAGGUGUUUGAGGAGCUUCUAUUGGAUGCAGACUGGGGUGUGAAUGCGGGCAGCUGGAUGUGGCUCUCCUGUAGCUCUUUCUUUCAACAGUUUUUUCAUUGCUACUGUCCAGUGGGUUUCGGCAGGCGCACUGACCCUAAUGGCGAUUUCAUUAGACGAUAUUUACCUGUUCUCCGAGGUUUCCCUGCCAAGUAUAUCUACGACCCGUGGAACGCCCCAGACUUUGUGCAGGCCACUGCCAAGUGCAUCAUUGGAGUCCACUACCCCAAACCCAUGGUCAACCAUGCAGAAACGAGCCGCCUCAACAUCGAGAGGAUGAAGCAGAUCUAUCAGACACUUUCGCGCUACAGAGGACUUGGACUUUUGGCCUCCGUACCAUCCACACACAACGGGAAUGGAAUGGCAUACUCCCCAGGGGAACAGCAGCCUGGGAACAACACACUAGUAGCACCGGCAGUAUCAGGCAGUUCUGUUGCUAGUGGUAACCGGAAUGGAAGUAUUCUGCUGAACUUUGACAGUGAAGAGCACCAGGGACCAAGUGGAAUUAGGCAACAACAAGAGCAACAAUUAGGUUACCACAACAUGCCUGACUCUGGGAACAACAUUGCAAGAAACAAUCGACUUUACCAGUGUAAUAUGUCACAUGACAUGGCAGUACACCAACAUUCAGGACACCUGCUGCACACAGGAGGAAGUGUGAUGGGGAAGAGAGAGAGAGAAACAGAUCAAGAUACUGAAGGUGAGGAUAACGCCCUCUCCACUUCUCACAAGCUACAGCGACUCAAUGUAGAGGUCACUUCAGCUCAUGCUACCAGCGGGAACCAGUCGAGUAUGAAGAGUUAAUGGACAUAUCUUCAUACUGAGCAGAACAGAUGGAAAAACAAGGCACUGUUUGAGAGAGGCUUACUUUCCCCUUUUUGAGUUUAAAUCCGUAUUCUUGAACAACUUUCUAAUGUUUGAAAAAAAAAAAAAAAAAAAAUUGUGGAUUUAGCUAUUUUCAUUUAAUUUAUCUUUUAUCCUUUCUUAGGUUAGGGGUAUAUUUACCAUCAAAUGAGGUCUAUUGUUCUUACCAAGUGAGAUGUAGAGAUUUAUAGGCCUUUAUCAAGCAGGAGAAAGCUGACCUUUGUUGAACACUCAUUGCAGCUAGCAUUUUGUGAGUAUUUAUGUACCACCAGCACCAGCCAUCGGUUGGAUCCAUAAACCAACAAAACCAUCACAAAACACUUUUGUACAUUGCCAGUGUUCUGGAUCUCUCCGACUCUCAGUAGUGGUGUAUGUGCCACUUUUUGUAAACAGAAAAACUUGUUAUAUUAUGUAUAUUGGUGUUUUGUUCAUUGCCGGUGCAAUGUAUUAGUGUUUUUUUUUUUUCCUCUUUCCACUUUUCAAUGCCCAGUUCCCAAUGCGCUAAAAGUCCUUGUGGUAGCAUAGUGACUCGCCUCAGUCUGGGUGGCAGAGGACAAAUCUUAGUUGCCUCUGCAUCUGAGACCAUUAAUCCAUGCAUUUCACAUGGCUUGUUGAGCGCGUUACCGUGGAGACCUAGAACGUGUGGAGGCUUCAUGCUGUUCUCCGCGGCAUCCACGCACAACUCACCACAUGCCCCAACGAGAGCGAGAACCACACAUUAUAGCGACCACGAGGAGGUUACCCCAUGUGACUCUAACCUCCCUAGCAACCGGGCCAAUUUGAUUGCUUAGGAGACCUGGCUGGAGUCACUCAGCACACCCUGGAUUCGAACUCCCGACUCCAGGGGUGGUAGUCAGCGUCAAUACUCGCUGAGCUACCCAGGCCCCUGUGUGUAUUAGUGUUUUAAUUUACUCCAAAAAUUCUUAUACACAUAGAUUAUAUGGCCAAAAGUAUGUGGACACCCCUACUAAUAUUAUUGCGUUCAGGUGUUGCCGCCACACCCAUUGCCAACAGGUGCAUAAAAUCAAGAACAUAGACAUGAAAUCUCCAUAGACAAACAUUGGCAGUACAACAGGUUGUACUGAAGAGCUCAGUGACUUUAUAGUUUUUCUCAAUUAAUUUUACAUAUUUUUCCAAACUAUAGUCAGUGCUCUCAAAACAAUUCACACAGCCAACUAAACAGACCCUUAUUUUGCAGAACAAUUGAAAUUCUCCGAUAAUGCAUUUGUAAAAGGCAAAUACCUCAAAACUAUAGAUGUGAAUCCUGAACGUAUUAUAUAAUGAAAUAACAUAUUUAUUAUUCAUAUCUACAAUAAAGACCUUUUUCCCCAUGUGUUUUCUUUAAAUUUCUCUAAAUUUAGAUAUUCAUCAUGCCUCUUCUUUCUGUCCUGCCAAAAAAUGUCAUCCACUUCCAUAGCUUGUGAAAUUGUACAUUUACUGUAAAAAAAAAAGAAAAAAAAAAGAAAAA